CCUACUCGUAGCUAGAGCGGCUGCUUAUAUAAACGGCCGUUCCUCUUGCAUCCCAAUCAUAUCAACAUCAAGAAGCCAUCUCUAAGUACUCACUAUGACGACCAACAACAGAGAAAGGUUACAUCGAGGGCACUAUCUGCAGACACGGCCGAGAUGGCGUGGCACGAUUUGGAGAACGCCAAGGACUGAGCGAGCAACAACAUUCCAUUCAUUCAUGGACUUGCCAGUUGAGCUUCAGUUACUGAUUUGGGAAUUCGCAGCGCCACGAGCUAUACUCAGAAUCGGAAACGAGCGUGACGCACUGUUAGCAGCCUCCAAAUACAUUCUUCGGACACUCCCACCGAUGGCUCAUGCUUGUCAAAUGGCUAGAGACAUUGUCUUGAACGGUUCUGAUCAUUCCUUCUUGAGACUAUUUAAACUUACAGAUGUGCGAGCAUCUCGGGCUCUCGAACGUUUCUACUUCUCUACAAGACAUGAAACGCUCUGGAUUCCUAGUGGUACGUUACCCUGUCGCAGAUAAACCUCCUAGCUGACAAUAUAGACUUCCUCUACCACGGACUAGCUGAUCAUCAUUUCACGCUUGACUUAGGCCCUAGCCUGCGUCACCUUUCCACCGAAAGACACU